CAACUCCGCCAAGAUACAAUUUUUCUCUUCUUAUCUUUGGUUUUGUCAACAUUCUCAGUAUAUACCGAAAAGUAACAAAAAAUUCCUUAGUUCUAAGCCCCCAAUGUUUUGUUUCUUUUCCUCGUAUUACAGCCAUAUAUAACCCUCGAGGUUGGAAGUGGUUCAAUGCAGAAACCAAGCUUCUCUUGAAGAUCAGCCAGAAAAGAAAAAAGUUUAAAGAGGCAGGGCCAGUAGUUUCUGAUCUCUUAAGGAAUGGAAAACUACAAGAGUUUUUUGUUUUUUCUGGGGAUUUUCCUCCUCGGCCGCGCCAAAGCCGAAAAUAAAACAGAGCCGAGAGUGAACGGGAAUCUAGGGCCAAUCCAAGGGUGGAGAAGUGCUUACUACUGCAUGAUUUACAACGAAUCAGCAAGUUGCUCGGACAAGGACCAGCUUGCAGACAAAGGAGUGGUGGAUGUGAACAAAGACGAGUUAGCAGAAUACUGCAAGAAAGGACGGUGCGGCGAGCACAUUGGAUAUGUGCUAAAGUGCAUCCAUGACGUGAAAAGAGACUUCUGGUUCGCCAACAACAUCACUGUAAAGCUCCUCAAAAGAGAGAAUUUCCGAUGGAUGUGCCAAAAAUGAAGGUGGAAUUCCAUGUUGUUCUUGACUUAAUUGGUUUCUGAUUUUUUUUUUUUUUUGGGUAUUUUUCUUGUUUUUGCCAUAUGGGUCUGUGAGGAUAUUGACUGAUGAGAUGUACGUACUUUGGGUAGCUUCAACUGCAGCUAUCUCUACGAAGAAUUACACCAACCCUGGACCAAAGGUGUAUUAGAAAGUACAUAUGGCAUUUGUUGCGUGUUGUACGUACGUCUUCUUCGUAGCCAUCUUCAACCUGUGGAACAACUCCAGCUAUAUAAGGAGGAGGUGGAGCUGUGGUGCAGGAAAUAAAAACCUACUAUAGUAUACUUUUGGGGCAGUUCAAAACAAGAAAAGGACCAAAAGAAGAAGAAGAAGAAGAUUUGUAAUGCGUGAUGUCUACAAUCUGUAACUUCUAUAGUUCUAUGGUUCGGAUUGUAAACUCUAUAGGUAACGUCGAUGUUUUUACAAGAAUAUACAGUUAGAUAAAACAUGAGAGUGUAUUCAUGAACUAAAGAAAUAAGACUUCUGCUUC